CAUAAAUUGUGACGUGAGCAAGUGGGGGUGUGGUUUCGAGCGGACUCGUGUCCAGGCAAAACACGAGCUUGUUUUAAAAGCGCUUCUUUACAAACAAGUUGAAGAGCAUCGAGCAGAAGAAGGUGGUGGAGAAGAAGAAAAGGAGGAGGAGGAGAAGCUUCACUCGGAUUUACACUUCACUGUGGACAUCAUUCACCUGGAGACAUUUAUUAUAUAUAUAAAAUAAACCCUUUUUAAAGGAAAGAGAGAAAAGAGAGAGAGAGAGAGAGAGAGAGAGAGAGCGUGGCGGGUGAUUUCCGCUGAUGGAGGAUGACGAGGAGGACACGCCUUUACCGAUUACAUCCAAUCAGAUCUCGAUCGCAGACGGCAGACGUGAGAACAUGCCGCUAAUUCAGACGACGCCACACUUAUGGACCUCAGGCUUCGAUCAGAACGCAGUCAGUCUGCGCCACCGGUCGCUCCACGGGUCCACGGGUUUGGGUUUCCUCUCCACGCCGCCGGGAUCUGCGGACGAUUCACAAAGGCUUCUUCAGUAUGUGUUCUUCCCCGGAGGAGAAUCUGGUUUCGGCGCACGCGUCCCGUCGGAGGAAGCGGGAGACGGAGACCAGCAGGACGAAGGGAAAGGGGAUGAGAGAGACGAGGAUCGGACGAGCGUGGAAGUGCAGAUCGGACGGAAGCUGCGUGAGAUCGGAGAUCAUCUUCAGCAGGAGCACAUGCAGCUGUUCCUGCAGCAUCAGAGAAACCGGCAGGUGAUGUGGUGGCGUUUAGCGACGACGCUUUACGACUUCCUGUUUCCGAGGGAGUUCAUCGGACACUGAGGAAGCCCAGGGAAUCUUCCGUCUCUGGCUCCGCCCGUUUCCUCUCGUCCUUAAACAGGCCUUUUGUGAGGCGAACUUGUAAAACAGACAGGAAUCAGGAGGACAGUUCAGCGAGUCGCCGCUGGACGGAGACGGUGUCGCCGCCUACCGCACACACAGAAGCCAUCUUUACAAUCAGAGAUUUUCUUUUGUCGUUUCUUUCCGUUUCGCUCCUUUAGUCUGCGAAUGCCUUACAGUGGACCGAGAUGAAGCUUCAGACAUCAGCAGAAGGACUUCAGGAAAGUUCCAGAAAAUGCGAUUGAGCCUCAAAAACUUUGUUUUAUUUCUUACUGGUUAAAAUUUCUUUUUCUUUUCGCUUCUUUGAGAGUUUUUUUUUAAAUGUCUCUCUCUGAAUGAAAUCAUCAUCCCUGCACGUCUGUCGCCUUAAAAUCUAUUCUGAACAUCUGAGCCUUUAACCUGAGCCUUUUAAGAUCCUCAGGGCUGAGAGACGCUUUAACUAUCAAGACAAUUCAGCGAGACGCUUCGUCUCCUCGCUCUGAGCCGGAUCGUUUUAUAAACGUGCUUUUUUUUUUCCUUCGUGAAAUUUAAACACGUCGGUUUUUAAACGAAAGAUUUCGAGUUUUAAAGUUGAAAAUGUUUCAAUGGAGAAUUUCACGCGUUUUUUAUUAAAUCAGGAAAAACAACAGGAGUCGCUUUUCUAGUGAAAUAUUUCGUAAAUCGCUUUAAAUAAAUAAAUAUAUGGAGGGAAACAGUGUGGAUGGACACUGAACAUGUUUACAGUCAGGUUUGUGAUUUUUGUGUUCUUUUUUUUUUUUUGUACAAUUUUUUUUAUAAUAAAUAUUUAAUAGAAUAAAGUACAUUUUGUAUGAAGUGAAAAUACGCCCCACGUUUAAAGCCUGACUGUAAAUCAAGAGGAAACGGAACUCGCGUCCGAUCCGCAAUCAGACGUGAGCGGAUCAGACGUGGGUGUUUCCUGCAGUUCUGAUGAGAAACCCACGCUAGGGUUUGAGGAACCGCUUUCAAACGGGUUGUAUACAAACUUAAUGAAAUAUCAAAUCUGGGAGAGUGAAGAAGAGAAACCUCGCUUCGUUUUUCCUCCGAUUUUCUUUAUCUUGAUGUAAAAAUUUGACCUGAAGCCGUUUAUUUAUUUACUGUUUAUUUUUCCUCACAAAAAAAUGACUUUUAUUCAUCAAAACCUCACGUUUUUUUUCCCAACAAAAUCGUUUCGAGUCUAUAAACCACUGAGAUCUGUACUCAAACCUGAUCUAAUCUAGACAGUUAUAAUCUAAUCUAAAUAACUAUAGUCUAAUUUAGCUGAUUAUCAUGUAAUUAACCUGAUCUAAUCUAGCUGUAGUCCAAGUUAGAUAAUCCACUACCGAGAGUCUAAAGUAGCUCAUCUUAGUCUAAUCUAGCAAAUUUUGGUCUAAUCUAGCAACAUUUUUUGUCUAAUCUAGCUAGAUAUAAUCAAAUCUAACCAACUACAGUCUAAAACAGCUAAUUAUAGUGUCAUUUCCCUAAUCCUAUUCUAGAUCACUAUAAUCUAUCUGAGUCUAAUCUGAAAUAUAAUUGUAAUCUAAUCUAUAGUCUAAUCCAGCUGGCUUUGUUAGACCUGUAGGCGCGUUUAAGCGUAUUGUUUACAAAGUAAGAAACACUUACAGACUUGUGUUUUGACACUUUGUUUAUUUUAACUUUGAUGAAUAAAAGCCGUUUAUUUCUUUAUCGAAUUAUUCGAUCAUUUUGACUAAAUACACGGCCAGUCGGUGACCGAGACUCCGCCCCCAAACCCUCCACCCUUCAGGAGCUCGCCGCCCAAUGGGAUCGUGUGGAUUUAGUCACAUGACCGGUUCACGAAUGGAAACAGGACCUAACGUUUAUGACGUGUGUAGAAACGGUAAUUCAGUAAUAAUAUGAUGACGGAUAUAUUUAUUUAUUUUUGUUGUACGAGUUUGUAAAUUUAAAGGGAUACGAGCCGUUUUUACGGAUUCGGAGAAACGUUGAAACCGGACGCUCUUUUUAUCCAGAUGUUUUAUUGAAUAGUUACGAGAGACGAGUCGAAAUGAAUAAAGAGCUCGUGUACAGAUCGUGUUUUACUUACCUACGAUUUUUUAGCAGACAAUCAGAAUCCUGCAGGUGCCUUAGGGCCGAACACACACACACACACACACACACACACACACACACACACACACACCAGCUACAUCACUGACCUUCAUACGACCUUUUUUAAGAGAAACGCGACAAUCGCCAACGCUUUGAAUCACGAGCGUCUGAUCGAUCGUCUCGAUUCAUUCGUUAAAGCACAAACAGCAACCAGCAAUCAUACACUCUUUGUCCAAAAGUAUUGGGACACCUGACCACCUUCCACCAGAUGUGGUUCUUCCACAAACCCGAAGGCAGUUGUAUAGGACCUCAUUUCUAGCCCGGGUGUCCACAAACUUUUGAUGCUACAGCGUAUAAACGCCGGAGUUCAGAACGAGACGUCGAUCCCGUACGUCAGGUUUUUUUUUCCUCUCUGGCCGCGUCUCAAUCCUCUAAACGCCCUUUCGAGUGCACUUCACACACAGGCGUGUUUUCUUCCGCCUGAUGUUUAUCUCCUCCGCACAACAUGUUGGUUUGAUGUUCUUUUUGAGUGUUUAUGAUGAUUCUGUUCGUGGAAUAAAAUGGUUCUAGAUGUGGACGAGACGUGGUGAUUUAUGACUUUUCUUUGUUUUGUUUUUUUUACAGUCUGUUUCUCUAUAAACCUCAAUAAAACUAAA